AUGGGCAGCAUCGACAUCAACCAGAAUCACCCGGCCGUCCAAGUCGACAUCCCCAUCAUCGACAUCUCUGGUUAUCUGGCCGGGGAUCCAGACGCCAAACGAAAAGCAGCAGCCGAGUUCCGCCAGGCCUGUGAGAACCAGGGCUUCCUCCAAGUCGUGGGCCACUCGGUGCCCGAGGCAAUCCAACAGCGCUUUCUAGCCGGCAUCGCCAGCUUCUUUGCCCUCCCGCUGUCGCAGAAGGAGAAGGUAUCGCAGACCAAGUCGAAGUGUCAUCGAGGCUACGAGCGCGUCGGUGGCCAGAAGCUCGACGAGCUCGACGACUCCGCCACCCCGGACCAGAAGGAGGGCUUCUCCGUGCGGCGCGACAGACCGCUCGGUCGAUUCCUGCAGGGUCCCAACCAGUGGCCAGAGCCAGAGCCGGAGUCUAAGCCUGAGACGGAGACAGAAGAAACGAAAGCGGAAGCGGAACUCUCCAAGAUUCCCACAGCAACAAAAGUUUUCGACCAUGUUCAAUUCCAGGAGAGCUACAUGGCCUACUUUGACGCCGUGCAUGACCUGUCCAAGGCAGUCUUUCGGCUCUUGGCCCUGUCUCUGGAUCUAUCUGAGGAUCAUUUCGAUGCCUUUGCCGCCGACCCGGAUGGACUCUGCUUGUGCCGCGCUCACCACUAUCCCCCGACGCCGGUCGACGCUGCAGGCAGGACACGAGGCGUCGGCGCCCACACGGACUUUGGAGCCUUGACGCUGCUACUGCAGGAUGAGGUCGGCGGCCUGGAAGUCCUCCACAAACCCACCGGCACAUGGCACAACGUGCCGCCGAUCAAGGGAGCCUAUGUCUGCAACAUCGGCGAUCUGAUGCAGAUCUGGACCAACAAUCGAUACAAGUCAACCAUGCACCGCGUCAUCUCCCCGCUCAGCGGCAAGGACCGCUACAGCUGUGCGUUUUUCAACGACGGCGCCUUGGACACCGUCGUCGAGUGCCUGCCUACGUGCCGAGUGCCGGGCCAGAGGCCGGUCUACGAGCCGUUGAAGGUCGAAGCACAUCUCGUGCAGAGAUAUCUGCAGAGCUACGGGGCGGCCGGGACGGUGUUGGUGUCGUAG